AUUUGUCCACGUGACGGUUUACAGCGCGGGAAGAGUUUUCGUCAGCUGGUUGUGUGCAAGUUUUGAAAGGGAACGCAGUAUCAAACAGCUAUGGAUCCCACAGAAGUUGAAUUCCUUGCAGAGAAGGAAGUAGUUAAAAUAAUCCCUAAUUUCAGCCUGGACAAAGUCUAUUUGAUCGGGGGCGACUUGGGUCCAUUCAACCCCGGACUGCCCGUGGAUGUUCCCGUGUGGCUGGCCCUGAACUUUAAACAGAGGCAGAAAUGUAGAAUUGUCCCCCCCGAGUGGAUGGACGUUGAUAAACUGGAGGAGAUGCGAGACCUUGAGAGGAGAGAGGAUAUGUUCACCCCGGUUCCCAGCCCGUACUACAUGGAGCUGACCCAACUCCUACUGAACCAUGCGUCGGACAACAUUCCCAAAGCAGAUGAGAUCCGCACGGUGGUCAAAGACAUCUGGGACACGCGGAUCGCCAAACUGCGCCUGUCUGCUGACAGCUUUAUCAGUCAGCAGGAGGCCUACGCCAAGCUGGACAACCUGACGCUGAUGGAGAUCAACACCAUUCGGACAUUCCUUUUGGAUUCUCUCAACUGCAUGUACAAGCUGCGCUCCAACUUGCAGCCUGGCUCCAGCAAAGGCCAGCUGCCGGACUACUGACCCCCACCUGUUGCAACGGUUUGCUCCUACCGGGGCCUCCACCGGCGGAAAGACUCUGGUCACGGCAUUUUAGGGGUUUGACUCCUUUUGAGGAGGACGUGCGCUUACGUGCACGUUUGCCUUAAUGUCGGCUUCAUGUGCAGCUGUCUGUGACGCGCCUUUAUUUAAACUUCUUUGUCAGGAGUGUUCGAUGUUUGCGUUUUAUUACCACAAAAAUAAAUGUGUGGAUAUUGUGAGUGGACGUAAGUAUUCUGGAUUUAACUUACGGUUUUCAACUCUUGAAAUAAUGUGAAUUUACUAGUUUUAGUGUG